AUGACUGGACGCGGAGGCGGUGGCGGUCGCAGAGUCCUGCUUCCUCCCAUCAACUUCAUCUUCAAGCUCCUCCAGCAACACACCACGGUGCAAAUCUGGCUGUACGAGCAGCUGUCAAUCCGGAUUGAGGGCAAGAUUAGGGGUUUCGACGAGUUCAUGAACCUCGUCAUUGACGACGCAGUCGAGGUGAAGCAGGUGACCAAGACGAACCCCGAAGAGAAGAGGAGGCCGCUGGGACAAAUAUUGUUGAAGGGCGACAACGUGUCGCUGAUCCAAAGUUUAUCGAGCUAG